AUGAGUGGAGCUGUUCUUGUUGCUGUUGCUGCUGCCAUCGGUAACUUACUGCAAGGAUGGGAUAAUGCGACUAUUGCAGGAUCUAUCUUGUACAUAAAAAGGGAGUUUCAAUUAGAAAGUCAACCUACAGUUGAAGGUCUAAUUGUGGCUAUGUCACUUAUUGGAGCCACCGUGGUUACCACAUGCUCUGGAGCCCUAUCGGACUUGCUAGGCCGACGUCCUAUGUUGAUUAUUUCCUCUCUCCUUUAUUUUGUUAGUUCUCUUGUGAUGCUAUGGUCUCCAAAUGUUUAUAUCCUCCUCUUUGCAAGGCUUUUAGAUGGUUUGGGAAUUGGUUUGGCAGUUACCUUGGUACCUCUUUACAUAUCUGAGACAGCUCCUCCUGAGAUUAGGGGAUUACUCAAUACACUUCCACAGUUUACUGGUUCCGCGGGAAUGUUUUUCUCCUAUUGUAUGGUGUUUGGGAUGUCACUGACAAAGGCGCCAAGCUGGAGACUCAUGUUGGGUGUACUUUCAAUCCCUUCUCUUAUUUAUUUUGCACUGACACUGUUGUUCUUGCCUGAGUCUCCGAGAUGGCUUGUUAGUAAAGGCCGAAUGCUUGAGGCCAAGAAGGUUUUGCAGCGCCUUCGUGGAAUGGAAGAUGUUGCCGGUGAAAUGGCUUUACUGGUUGAGGGUCUUGGAGUUGGAGGUGAUACAGCCAUAGAAGAGUAUAUAAUUGGUCCAGCCAAUGAACUUGGUGAUGAAGAGGAUCCGCACACAGAAAAGGAUCAGAUUAAGUUGUAUGGACCUGAACAAGGUCAGUCCUGGGUUGCUAGACCUGCUGCUGGACAAAGUUCGAUUGGCCUUAUAUCUCGGAAAGGAAGCAUGGCAAAUCCGAGUGGUAUAGUGGACCCACUAGUGAACCUCUUUGGUAGUGUUCAUGAGAAGGUCCCGAAAACAGGAAGCAUGGGAAGCACCCUUUUCCCACACUUUGGGAGUAUGUUUAGUGUUGGGGGAAAUCAGCCUAGGAAUGAAGAUUGGGAUGAAGAAAGCCUUGCCAGAGAGGGUGAUGAUUAUGUCUCUGAUGCUGCAGCCGGUGAUUCUGAUGACAAUUUGCAGAGUCCAUUGAUCUCACGUCAAACAACGAGUCUGGAUAAGGACAUACCUCCUUCUGCUCACAACAACCUUUCAAGCACGAGGCAAGGUAGUCUUUUGCAUGGAAAUGCAGGAGAACCCACUGGUAGUACCAGGAUUGGUGGUGGUUGGCAGCUAGCAUGGAAAUGGACUGAAAGAGAGGGCCCAGAUGGAAACAAGGAAAGUGGCUUCAAGAGAAUAUAUUUACACCAAGAUGGUGGUUCUGGAGUGCGUGGGUCUGUGGUUUCGCUCCCUGGUGGUGAUUUACCAAAUGAUGGUGAGGUUGUACAGGCUGCUGCUUUGGUGAGUCAGCCAGCCCUUUAUAACAAGGAGCUUAUGCAUCAACGACCAGUUGGACCAGCUAUGAUUCAUCCAUCUGAAACAACUGUGAAAGGGCCAAGUUGGAGUGACCUUUUUGAACCUGGGGUGAAGCAUGCAUUAAUUGUGGGGGUGGGACUUCAAAUUCUUCAGCAGUUCUCUGGUAUAAAUGGAGUCCUCUACUACACACCUCAAAUUCUUGAGCAGGCAGGUGUUGGUUAUCUUCUUUCAAACCUAGGCCUUAGUUCGACUUCUUCAUCCUUUCUUAUUAGUGCGGUGACAACCUUGUUGAUGCUUCCUUGUAUAGCUGUUGCCAUGAGGCUCAUGGAUAUAUCUGGCAGAAGUACCUGGCAAUGCGAUGCCUUGUGUCUUUUCCCAUUGCUCGUUUUUAUUCUGUCAAUUGCAAUGCUUCUUAGUGAUACUCUGCUUUUUCCUUUCUGCAGGACUUUACUGCUUAGUACAAUUCCCGUCCUAAUAGUUUCUCUUCUCAUAUUAGUCCUGGGGAGUCUUGUGGAUUUGGGCAGCACUGCAAAUGCAUCAAUCUCAACCAUUAGUGUUAUUGUAUAUUUCUGUUUCUUUGUCAUGGGAUUUGGGCCAAUUCCUAAUAUACUUUGUGCAGAGAUCUUCCCCACUCGAGUUCGUGGUCUCUGCAUUGCCAUUUGUGCUCUUACCUUUUGGAUCUGUGAUAUCAUUGUCACCUACACACUACCAGUUAUGCUCAAUUCUGUAGGCCUCGCUGGUGUUUUUGGUAUUUAUGCUGUCGUGUGCUUCAUAUCAUGGGUGUUUGUCGUUUUGAAAGUUCCAGAAACAAAGGGCAUGCCACUGGAAGUGAUCAUUGAGUUCUUCUCUGUCGGAGCAAAACAGAUUGACGAUGCCAAAGUACAACUGACCUAA